AUGGCAACAAAAAAGAAGAAAAAGAGCAAUAAAAAUAAUAACUGGUCGGAUGAUCUGGAUAUCAAAGCAGCAACUUUGAAACUAUCUUCCGAUUCAGAGACUGAUAACGUUAAUGAGAGUGAUGACGAAACAGUGGUACCCAUCUAUGGAAAGGGUAAAAGUGGAGCAUUCAGCAUGCUUGCCGGACAAGAUUCUGAUGACGAUAAUACAGAAAACGAAGGGAGUAUUAGUGAAAAUUCUAACCAGGCAGACGGAAUUGAAGAAAGCAAGCAAGGAAAAACGAAUAUGAAAGCAAGAGAUAAACCUGAUGAGGCAAAAGAGCUCUCUAAGCAACAAACAGCAACAAAACUAAAAGAAGAGGGAAAAGGAAAAGGAAAAAAAAACAAAAAGGGUUUGAAAAAAGAUGAUGAUUUGGAUGCUUUGCUUGCGGACCUCGAAAAACCAGUAGAAAAAGUAUCGAAAGAAAAAAAGAAAAAAAAAGUUUCUGGUGUUAACGUAGCUUGUAUAGAAGUGCGAGCUGGUGAAGAUUUAAAAAUAUCUUCAGCUACUGAAAAUAUUGCAGCUGAUUUUGAAAAGAUAGAAGAAGCAGCUACUCUGGUAGCUGAUGGAGAUAUUAUGGCUAAAAGAAAAGAUAAAAGGAAAAAGAAGAAAGGUACAACAGAAAAGGAAAAACCAGCGGAGUUUGAAUCACCCGUUGAGGGAGAUGUUGUUUCACUGGAAAAUCAAACUGCAAAUGAUGUAGUAGAAAAGAAGAAGAGGAAGAAAGGCGAUGUUAAAAAGGGUGAAGACAAGAAAGAAACGAAAAAGAAAAAGCAUGUCGAUUUCAUUAAAGAGAUAUUACGUAGGAAGCAAGAGGAAGAAGAAAGGAUGCUGAAAGAGCAGAAGGAAGAAGAGGAGAGACUGAUUGCACAACAAAAAGCGAAAGAAGAAGAAGAACGACUAGCCAAAGAGAAACGAGAGCGUGAGAAGCAGAAGAAAAAAGAACGUGAUGAGAAAUUGAAGGCGGAAGGAAAAUAUCUGACACCAGCACAGAAGGAAAAGUUAAGGAGACAGCAAGCAUUAUUAGCUAAUUCAAACAUCAUACUUCCAAGUGCGCUAAGGCGAGACAGUGAUGAUGUGCCAGUGAAACGUCCUAUAUAUGGGAAGAAAAAACCAAAAAAAGAGCUGAAAUGCGAUAAAGAAAGUAUUAAGCCUUUACCGGCUGCAGAGAUAAGAUCCUCAGGAUAUCUUGAGGUGAAGCCACAAGGUGAAGUAAUGCCUAUUUCGUGGGAUGCGAUAGAUGAAGUUAUUGAUGACUGGGAAAAUAUGCAUGGGGAAGAACAUGAAGAGGUGGCAUCAUGCACUGUAGAAAGGGUUGUGGAAGCGGCUGCUCCUGGGGAAGAUAAGAUGGUUUCAAUGGAGGUUGAGUCAGGAACGUUCAUUGAGGAAACAGAAGGUUCUGAUUCUUCGGAAGAAUUCGAUGAAGAAGAUGAGGAAGAAACCAGUGAUGAUGAACAAGAAAAUCGGGAAAGUAAAGAACAGUUGAAAGAGAAAGUUCGAGCACGUUUGAAGAAGCGACGUGAGCAAGCUGAAGCUAAACGAUCAACGAAUAACUUACGAUCACCAGUCAUCUGUGUACUUGGACACGUUGAUACAGGAAAAACGAAGAUGUUGGAUACGAUACGACGUACAAAUGUACAAGAUGGAGAAGCUGGUGGAAUAACGCAACAAAUCGGUGCUACUCAAGUGCCGGCUGCUGCAAUUAUGGAACGAACUAAAAUGGUUCGAGAUUUCAGCGGUAGUGAAAUGAAAAUUCCUGGACUCUUGAUAAUUGACACUCCUGGUCACGAAAGUUUUUCAAAUUUGCGGUCUCGCGGUUCUUCAUUAUGUGAUUAUGCAAUUUUGGUUGUUGAUCUAAUGCACGGACUUGAACAACAGACACUGGAGUCAUUUAAUUUGCUAAGAAAAAGGCAAACUCCAUUUGUGAUAGCAUUAAAUAAGAUCGAUCGUUUAUACAAUUACGAGUCGAAUCCACGGAAAGAUAUUUAUCAGCAUUUGAAAUCACAACCACUCAAUACUCAGCUGCAAUUCAAAGAACUUAAAGAUAAAAUUGUAUUGCAGUUCGCUGAACAGGGAGUGAACGUUGUUAUGGCAAAUGAAAAUCCAGAUUUGGACGAAUAUAUUAGUAUGAUUCCGACGUCCGCAUUUCUUGGUGAUGGUAUUGGUAAUAUUAUGGCACAUAUUGUUAGUGAUUCACAGAAUAGGCUAGCUGAGAAGUUAGCUUAUUGCGAAGAGCUUGACUGUACGGUCAUGGAGGUCAAAUCUCUUCCCGGAUUAGGAACUACAAUAGAUGUUAUAUUGGUCAAUGGUUCGUUAAGAGUUGGGGAUGUUAUUGUUCUUACGGGUACUGAUGGGGCCAUCAUCACUCAGAUUCGAGAGCUGUUAAUGCCGCAGCCUUUGAAAGAAUUGAGAGUCAAGAAUGCAUAUGAGCAUUAUCAAAUGAUAAAAGGUGCACAAGGAGUCAAAGUACUUGCAAAAAAUUUGGAAAAAGCACUUGCUGGCUUAUCAGUGUUUGUUGCAAAUCGAGAAGAUGAACUUCUCGUACUCAAAGAGGACUGUGAGGCACAGUUAUGUAAAGCUCUUAUGGCUAUCAAGAAGAAACCUGAAGGUGUGUAUGUCCAAGCUAGUACACUCGGCUCAUUGGAAGCUUUGUUAGAAUUCCUGAGGACUCAAAAAAUACCUUAUUCAAACGUGAAUAUCGGUCCGGUACAUAAAAAAGAUGUGCAGAAAGCAGCAGCAAUGUUAGAAAGGAAAGAAGAGUAUGCUUGCAUACUUGCAUUCGAUGUUCGUGUUGACCGUGAGGUGGAACAGUUUGCAGUUAGUGAAGGUGUUCGCAUUUUCUCCGCUGACAUUAUAUACCACCUGGAGGAUAGUUUCUUGAAAUAUAGGGAAGAGUUGAGACUUAAACGCCGACGGCAGAACGAACAUUUAGCAAUUUUUCCAUGCAAGUUGAGAAUUCUUCCGCAGCACAUAUUUAAUGCCCGUAAUCCCAUUAUAAUUGGUGUAUCUGUUGAAGCUGGUCAACUUAAACGAGGUGUUCCAUUAUGUGUUCCCUCUAAAGACUCUAUUUUCAUCGGUACUGUAUCAAGUAUUGAACGAAAUCAUGAACAAGUGGAAAUAGCUCGUACGGGGGAAGAAGUUUGCAUAAAAAUAGAGAACACAACUGGUGAAGCACCUAAACUUUAUGGACGACAUUUCACGCAUCAAGAUACAUUAGUUAGCCGGAUAACACGUGAAACAAUAGAUGUUUGCAAAGCACAUUUUCGAAAUGAUUUAUCAAAAGCGGAUUGGCAGUUAGUUGUUCAGCUGAAGAAAGUCCUUGAUAUAAUUUGA